AUGGAUGGGACACGUGUGGGGCGGGAUGCCAUGAACAACUGCACCGACCAGGAGUACUGGGACACCCUCGUUUCCCAGUGCAUCCCCUGCAGCCUUGUGUGUGGCCGGCCCACAGCCAGGAGGUGUGAUGCCGUGUGCGAGUCCAUGGACUGCAACAAGACCCCUGGAUUCUACUACGAUGACCUCGUGAGAAGCUGCAUCGAGUGCAGCACCAUCUGUGGGCAGCACCCCAAGGAAUGUGCCCCGUCCUGCGAACCCUCUCCCCCGUCGCCCGCGGCCGUGCUGGAGCAGAAGGCGUGUGCGGAGCAGGAGCCGUGGCUCGUGGUGUAUCUGCUGCUGGGGCUCUGCCUCUGCGCCCUCAUCUGCUCCCUGCUCCUGGGCUGGACACACCUACGCAGGAAGGGAGAGGUGGGCUCCUGCCAAGCCGGCGCUGGGACCUGCCACUGCAGGGAGGACUCUGCCAAAGAUCGGCUGGUGGAAGCGGGCAGUGUCGGUGAGGGAUUCACCAGAGCUCCAGAGCCAGUGGAAACCUGUGGCUUCUGCUUCCCUGGACACGGCUCUGCUGUACAAGAGACCAAAUCAUGCCACAGCACCUUGUGUCACGCUGGGGAAAGAGCUGCUCCCUCCUACACCGGGAUCUGCAGCACGGGAAGCGCUGGGGCCACUCCCAGCCCUGACGACGGCCACUUCAAGUUUUUUUGUUCUCCUUCCCAAGAGAAGACACCUAUGGUGUGA